CGACUUAUUUCUAUUAUCUCAAUACAUGUGUCAAGGGAAGAUAACUUCCUAGUUACCGAUCAUCUCCCUUGAUUACGUAAACAUGGCGUUGCUACCAUAACUUUAAACUAUUCUAUUUAUUGUAUUACCAAAAUUCCACUAAAAUGUCUUACCGUGACCUUCGAAAUUUCACUGAAAUGAUGAGAGCUUUAGGCUAUCCACGACUUAUAUCCAUGGAAAACUUCCGGAAGCCAAAUUUUGCCCUAGUUGCUGAGAUAUUAUUAUGGCUGGUAAAACGAUUUGAGCCAACUGCCUCCAUCCACUCUGACACUGACACUCAGCAAGAUCGUGUCCUUUUCAUUAGAUCUGUGACAGAGUUUAUGGCCAUAAAAUCUCAUUUGAAGUUAAACAGCAAAAAACUUUACCAAGCUGAUGGCUAUGCUGUGAAAGAAUUGCUGAAAAUAACAUCAGUUUUGUACAAUGUUAUGAAGACUAAUGAAUUUAAUUCAUUGGACGAUACUGAAAGCAAUGAAAGUGGUCCAAUCUCCUUUGAUAUAUCAUCUAAAAUUGUUGAUUUAAAAGAAGCUCGGAAACUGGCAUCAGAGAUAACACUAAAAGGAGCUACACUCUAUGACCUCUUGGCAAAGGAAGCUGAUUUACAGGAAAGUCGAUCCUCUGUUAUUGCACGGCCCCUGGAAAUAAACGAAGUUGAAAAAGGAAUAAAUGCAUCAAUGAAGAUAGUUCAGAGUGAUAUUCAAAAAACUGUUGCUAUGUUGGAGAAUAUUGCUGCCGAUGAAUCAACUUUGGAUAACAAAAUUGAAAAGAGGAAAAUAGAACUUGACAGAAAUCAGAAAAGAUUGCAGACUUUACAAAAUGUUAGGCCUGCUUAUAUGGAUGAAUAUGAAAGACUGGAACAAGAAUUAGAGAAACUAUACGAAGCUUACAUUAUCAAGUUCCGCAAUCUCACAUACCUUGAACAACAACUUGAAGAAUACAGUAAAAUGGAACAAGAUAAAGUGAAAGAAAAUCAAUAUGCUCUGAAAUCGACAGCCGAGGCAUUACGCCAAGUUGAAAGAGACCCCAAGAAUAUUUUUGAUGAAGAUGACGAAGAUGAUGAUUUCAGCCAAACCUCAGAUGUCUUAGACAGUGGUUCUGAAUUAGAUGAUAGUCAGGUUCAACGUCCAAUUCGACCUGUCCACAGCAGAACAAGGCCUGAAGGUGCCAGCUUGACACAUAGUGAGAGAAAAGCUCAUGUGCAAGGUUCAAUGUUCAUUGAUGACUCAGAAGAUGAAUCUGGCAGUGACUCGGAUAUCGAUCUUGAUGAUAACAAUGAGGGUGAUCUUGAUGACGAUGAAGAUAUUGAAAUAGCAGUGAAAGCGAAAACAGCACCAGGCAGUGCUGUGCUACGACACAAAAUGAUUGAAGAAGAUGAUGACAGCGACAACGAUUUCUAAUACAGUUCUUGGUAAUGAUGGAACGAUUUUCUGCCUGAUUAUUGUGUAAAAUAUUUUAGUUCAUUAAAUUUUUUUUUUUUUUUACCAAAAACAUACUGUUCAAAAAUAAAUAAACUAUUUUCAGUUUUCUU